AUGUUGGAUGAUAAUAAGCUGGCAAUACUAUCUUCUACUGGAUGUUUUAUAAGUAUACGAGAUGAAGAUGACUCUUUAGUUGCAAAGAAUCGAACUGUUGGUCCAAAUGAAUUAGUUAAAGUUAGACUCCAUGCUAUUGAAAAUACAGAACAAGAGAUUAAUAAAUUGGACGAAAAGAAAGGGAAUAUUAAAGAUAUAGAAAAAAAUUAUGUAAAAAUGUUCCAAAAAUUUCAAGAUAAGAAGAUGCGUAUGAUCGAAGGAAAAAGAAGUGAAUUAAAGAAAGCUCAAAAAGAAGGAAAAUUACACGAAUCAUUAUUAGACAGAAGAGCAAAGACAAAAGCAGACAGAUAUUGUAAAUAGUACCUAUAUAGGUUUUAAAUUGUAUUUUUUGAAUGGAUCGAUACUUUGAUAAAUAUUAUAUUAAAUAUU